AUGAUGGAUAUAUUCCAGAAUUUCUUUAAAAUAAUUUUAAAACACUACUUAUAUAACAGCAAGGCAAAAAUAAGUAUAAAAUUAAUUUAUGGUUCCGAAAGUUGUAAUAGUUAUAAUAAUGCAGAAAAUUUUUUAAUUGAAUUAAUAGAAUUCUUUAAAGAAAUUGAUAAUUUUUAUAAAGAUAUAAAAAAAUAUUUAUAUGAAAAUAAUAAUAACAUAAAUGAUAUCAGUAAUUUAGAAAAAUAUUUAUUGGAAUAUUUUAAAUUUCAUUUAAACAAUAAAAUAGACUUAAAAAAAAAAAAAAAUAAUGGGAUAAUACGGAGAAAAUAUAAUUUACAAGAAUAUGAAAAAGAUAUAAAAAACUCAAAAGAAAAUUUUAAAAAUUAUUUAGAUUAUUUUAUAGAAACAAACUUAACAUUAGUGUAUUUUGAUUUUAUAGAAGGUAACGAAUUUGAUUGUGAUACUUAUUUUGAAAAAUUACAUGAUUAUGAUUUGAAUAUAUUACUGUUAUUUGUUAGUACUUAUGAUAAUGGUUCAUUUCCAAAAAAUUGUUGUAAACUAGAAGAAACUUUAAAGGAUUUAAUAAACGAUUUUAGAGUAGAAAAAGAUUUGUUCAAAGAUGUUUUUUAUAGUUGUGUGGGAUAUGGUAACAAGAGUUACGGGAAAAAAUAUUUUUGUUCUCCUAUUAUUAAAUGUGAUAAAUGGCUUUUUUCAUUAGGUGCAAAAAAAUUAUAUAAAACAUUAACAUUGUGUGAUGGUGAAAAUAACGAAGAUUAUAUAUUAGACUGGAAAUGUAAUUUAUUUAAAACUUUGUAUUUAUCUCUAUUUUUUUAUUGUUUUAAUAAUAUAAAAUUAUUCACCUUUAUUUAUUAUCCUAACCUAAAAAAAUAUGAUUCCUUAAAAUUUUAUUGCUCUUUUUUUUGUAAUAAUUAUAAUCAAAUAUUUGAAAAUGUCUAUAACACACAAAACUGUUCAAAUAAUAUUAAGCCAAAUGAAAUCAAUAAAAAUAAGGAAUUACAUGAUCUUAAAAAUUUAAUUUACUAUCACAAUAAUAAGGAAAAUGAUUCUUUUUUGAAUAAAAAAGAUCAUGAUAAGAAGCACAUAAAUAAUUUCAAUACAGAUGAAAAUACUGAAACGAAUAAACAAAUAUGUAAUGUGUAUAAAAAUGAAAAAAAUAGCUUUGAAGAAGAUACUUGCAAUAACUAUGCUACCUCUAAUGUAUGCAAAAAUAGUAAAAACAAAUUAGAAUAUAACUAUGAAGAAUCAACAAAAAUAAUUUCUUCAGAAUCUAGUUAUGAUGAAAAGGAUUAUGAAAAAACAAAAAAUAUACUUAUCACAAAUUCUAAUCAUAAUAAUAAAGAUGCUUCUAUUAACUGUAGUAGUGAAGAUGAAUUGGAAGAUUUAGUUUUAAACGAAACAAAAGAUAUGCUAACAAAAAAUCAAAGAGAUAAGUUAACAAAAGAAGGUUAUAAAAUAAUUGGUUCCCACAGUGCAGUAAAAUUAUGUAGAUGGUCUAAAUCUCAAUUAAGAGGAAGAGGAGGAUGUUAUAAGCACACAUUUUAUGGUAUAAAUUCUUAUCAAUGUAUGGAAGCUACUCCUAGUUUAGCUUGUGCAAAUAAAUGUGUUUUUUGUUGGAGACAUCAUAAAAAUCCUGUUGGUGUUAGUUGGAAAUGGAAUAAAGAUGAAGCAAAAAUGAUAGUUGAAGAAGCUAUUAAAAAACACAAGGGGAUGAUAAAAGAAUUAAAAGGUGUUUAUGGUGUUAUUAAAGAAAGAUUUGAUAAUGCAAUGAAUAUAAAGCACUGUGCUUUAUCAUUAGUUGGAGAGCCAAUUAUGUAUCCUGAUAUUAAUGAAUUAAUUGAUGAGCUACAUAAAAAAAAUAUAUCUACUUUUUUAGUUACGAAUGCUCAAUUUCCAGAUGCAUUAAAAAAUUUACGUAAAGUCACACAGCUGUAUUUAUCUAUUGAUGCAUCAAAUAAGGAAGCUUUAAAAAAUAUCGAUAGGCCUUUAUUUAAAGAUUAUUGGGAAAGAUAUAUUAAAUGCAUAAAAAUAUUAAAAAACAGAAAAGAAAGGACUGUUUUUAGAUUUACUUUAGUAAAAGAAUAUAAUAUGAUGGCUAACGAAGUUUCAAGUUAUGCUAAAUUAAUUGAAUAUGGCUCUCCUGAUUUUAUUGAAAUUAAAGCUGUAACUUAUUGUGGUACUUCAAAUGGUUAUCAGUUAACUAUGAAAAAUAUUCCAUGGCAUGAAGAAGUUUAUCAAUUUGCUUAUCAUUUGAUAAAUUGUAAAUCAUCAUUAACUAAUAUUUAUGAAAUAUGUUGUGAACAUAAACACUCAUGUAGUAUUUUAAUAGCUAAAAAAAUAUUUAAAAUCAAUAAUAAAUGGUUUACUUGGAUAAAUUAUGAAAAAUUUCAAUACUUGGUAAAACAAAAUAAAGAUUUUAAUGCAGUGGACUACUGUGCAGAAACACCUGAAUGGGCAAUAGUAGGAUCAGUUGAAAAAGGAUUUAAUCCAUGUGAUAAAAGAGUAUACACAAAAGGAAAGAAUAAAAAUAGGAAUUCAAAUAAAAACCAAAAUGAAUAUGAAAAGAAAGUCUAA